UGCCUGCCUCCGCCGCUCUCUGUCCCUCUCUGUGUCUUCUCUGUCUCGCGUUCCUCCACACCCCAUUCAAAAGGAUGGAUGAUUUUGAGCAGACGGUGUUUGUGUCGCUGGCGCUGGCUGCGCCCUUGCUUGUGGCCAUUCGCCGGUGGUUGAACCCGAAGCGGGAGUCGCGCCUCCGUCCCGCCGUGGAGGAGAUCUGGUUGUUCCCUAUCAAGUCCUGCGCCGGCCUUAAAGUGAAGCAGGCUGCCAUCGACCAGUACGGCCUGCAACACGACCGCCGGUUUAUGGUUGUGUCAAAGGACAAGAAGCGGUUCCAGAGCCAGCGCGCUCUUCCCAUCAUGGCCAACAUCCACGUCGGCUUUGUUGGCGAUGACUUGGUUGCCGUGCAUGAAGGCAUGCCUCCACUCUACCUCGCCACCUGUGCAGACGUUCGACGCAACGCCAUCGGAGACGUGCAAGUCAAGUGCGACCCCUCCACAGUCGUCGGCAAACCGACCGGCAGCAGCAGCAGCAGCAGCAGCACUGUUGACGUCACCAUCUGGGAUGACACAAUCGCCGCUCAGACUGUGUCUGACGAGCAUGACCGCUGGUUCAGUCAGGCGCUGGGCAAAGAUGUGCAGCUUGUGCGCACGCUCCCGCCAAACCAGCACCACCGCCUCGUCAACAACAACAUCACGCGCUUCCGCCCGAAUGUGGUGGUGGCGGCGUGUGUACCCUUUGAGGAAGACACGUGGCAGGAAAUCACCGUUGGCGACAACAUCACCAUGGACCUGCCAGAGCCGUGCAUGCGGUGCUCGCUGCCAACAGUUGAUCCGGACACGGGCAAGAAGGACCCGAAGAAGGAGCCAACGAAGACUCUUCAGACGUAUCGCAGUAACGGUCACGGCGUCUUCUUUGGGCAGAACGCCGUCGUGCAGCAGACGACAGGAUCCAUCCGUGUUGGCGACCGCAUUUCUGUUCUGAAGCGAAAGGACGACGACCCCAUUGCACAGCUCUACUGA